UGAGUGUGUGUGUGUGUGUGUGAUUUGUCCGAUCGUAUCGUGUGAAGGCUAUAUUUGGUGUAACUUAACUUCCACUGUUAGUUCAUGGAGACGGUACAUCCCCGUCACACAUCGCGGACCCGGAUGGUUUCGUUGAAUUUUGGAGUAUUUUCCCAAAACUAUUUCUGCUUAUAUCGAGUUUAUGCGCGUCAGUCUCGAGCUUCUUGUGACUUUUUUUUUUUACCGGCUGUGGACUGAAAUCUCUGAUUGAAGUUUGCUUGAAAAUUAAGAUGAGGCUUCUGUUCCGGUUAACCGCCGUGCCGAGUUGGAUUUACGCACCUGCAGCCCCUUCUGGGUUUCAUACCUUUCUUUUUUUUAAAAUCGCCUAACAUUUAAUUAGUAUAAUGACGGGCUUUAAAAUCACAGCUAUUACAUCUUUUUUUCUCAACUUUUUGAAGUUAAUGGAGAAUCGCUGCUGUGGGUGUUAAGACAAUUUAAAAAUUCAAUUUCAUAGAUCUGUUGCUAAGUCAUUGACAGUAGUCAGCGUAGUUUCUAGAGAAGCUACUGACGUUUUAAUCUCCCUGAAACAAGAGCAAAGUGUUUUGUAAACAAGUGGAUUCAUAUUUUUUCCCCCACUGGCCACGUUCUUCUCUACUUUAAAACUUUGCACGCUUUUUUUUUUUUUAAUACGAGUGUCAAAGUGUUUUCAUAGUUUUGCCCGGUCGACUCCUCGUGUCGUGUGAUUAUCGUGGAUUAAUUGUUGUUUGGACGAUGAGUAAACACGUCUGUCUGUUUGCCGUCUGUAAAUGCCGUGCGUAAAAAGUAACAGCUUGUGUUUUCUGUCAGUCUCUGGACAGCGGUCGUCUCCUCUCAGAGCGCACACAGUCAGCCACAGCGAGGAGUAAUUAGGGGGGAACCCACUUCACACCUUAUUUCUACAAGAAUAAACAGGUCGCUCCACUGCUCCUCUCCUGCGUGUGUCUGUGAGGACCCCUGGUCAUGUCAGUUUAGCUGCCCUGCGUGAUGCCUGAUCAUGACAGCACCGCCCUCCUAACAAGACAGACCAAGCGCCGACGUGUCGACAUCGGGGUGAAAAGGACUGUGGGUAGCGCGUUAUUCACCCGCGCCAGGGAGACACUUCUCAACAGCAUGAACCAAUCGCACGGCCCCGAUCAGGACGGAGACUGCUCGUUGGUCAGUCACGGCCACGGGGGUACCAACGGUGACGGAGAGAAGUCGAAUGUUCUGAGGAAGUUGCUGAAGAGAGCCAACUCGUAUGAAGACGCCAUAAUGCCUUUCCCUGGCGCGACCAUUAUCUCUCAGCUGCUGAAGAAUAACAUGGGGAAGAAUGGAGGGAGUGACUCAGGCUUCCAGGGCAGUGGAGCUCUGUCCAGUGGAGGCUCAGAGAUCCAGGCCGAGGACGCCUGCAGCAACUCCUCCCGUGACCGGGACAGCCCGUCUGACUGCCUCUCCCCUGGGCCACCUCUUCCCCCUCCAUCAUCAUCCUCCUCUUUUGGGCGGCCGCCACCUCCUUCGAAUCUCAACUCUCACGCUGCCGCUCAGCCCCUCUCCCUCUCCACCUUCGACUUGGACAGGCUGUCAGACGAGCACCUCCGUGCCAAGCGCGCCCGUGUGGAAAACAUCAUCCGCGGCAUGAGUCACUCGCCGCUGGUCCGGCCCAACACCGGCGACCACAACCAGGAAAGCAACCGCGACAACGAGAGCGGCAGCAGCGAUCCCCGAGGGGACGGCAACAGCCACAACAGCAGCGGCAGCCACAACCACAGCCGGCAACCCAGCGACUGCCCUUCCUCACUCCUGAGCUCUCCGGGUUCGCGGGGCGGCGUGGUCAGCGUCGGUGAGGUUUACCGUGAGAAUAAGAGAAAGCAGAGGCUGCCGCAGCAGCAGCACAGCUUCACACAGCUGGUGUGUUCCAGGCAGGAGCAGAGACAGGAAGAGAGGCGGCAGCUGAAACUGCAACUGGAAGACAUGCAGAAACAGCUGCGCCAACUCCAGGAGAAGUUUUACCAGAUCUACGACUCAGAGACAGAAGAAGAGGAGGAGAACGGUGAGAGCGGAGAGGCCGAACGAGGAGGAGAAAGAGAGGAGGACGGCAACCUGUCAGAGGACAGUAUCCGUUCUGACGGCCUGGAGGAGAGGCACCGGGACAGAGGGCGGCACAGCCAUGACGACCUAUCAGAGCUGGAUCCAGGCCUGUUCCUGGACCGGGCCCGGGCCCUCCUCCGAGAACAGGCCCUGAUGGACGGAGAGAUGGAGGAGGAUGUGGAGGGCAGAGAGGAGGAGGAGAGGAGCGCAGAAAGGGUGAUGAAGAGGAGAGGAGGAGCAGCAGGAGGAGGGGGAGGAGGAGGAAGGCAGUUAGCAGAGACACUGAAGCAGGAGCUGAACUGCGCCGUGUCACAGGUCGUCGACACCGUCGUCAAGGGCUUCUCUUCGCCCAAGCAGGCCGCCAGUCACCAUCAUGGCUGCCAUAGCAGCACACCAGCCGCCCCUUCCUCUUCUUCCAACUCGUCCUCUUCCUGUCCUCCACCCUUCGGCCCCCUCCCCUCCCUCACCCCAGACUCACGCUUUGGCGGUGGCGCCCUGGCCCUCAGUUUGAACGGCGACGGCAGCCCGACCCCGAACUACCACUCCUCCAACCAGAGGCUGCACUGCUUUGGCGAUGUCAUCGUCCCGAGCCCGCUGGAUUCGUUCGGCAGUUUGAGCGGCAGACUUAGCGGCGUGCCAACACCUAACGACCAAACGGAGGCACUGCCGCUGGUGGUGCGCAAAAGCGGCGGGGGAGGCGGUGGGGAGAACACAAACCCAUCUCUGCCCCCUCCACCUCCUCCUCACCACCCCUCCCUCCAUCCGUCUCCCCUCACAGCCUCACUGGGGUUUAGCCCCCCAUCGUUUCGCCACCCAUUCCCUCUUCCCCUUAUGGGUUACCCCUUUCACAGCCCUUUGGGGUCACACGGGGGUGGCGCCGGCUACCCUCCAGGGCCAAAGGAGCACCAUCGGUCCUCCCCCGAUUCCAUGGACAUGACCCGGGAAACUGUCAGCCUCAGAACCAAAAUGGCCAGCCUAGGGGGAGGCCAUCUCAGUCACCACCACCACCACCACCACCACCACAGGCAGAGCUCCCCGAGCCAACACGGGCCCGAGGGUCUGUCGCUGUCCCUCAUCAAGUCUGAGUGCGGGGACCUGCAAGACAUGGCCGACAUAUCGCCCUACUCAGGCAGCACUAUUCAGGAGGGCUUGUCUCCGAACCACCUGAAGAAGGCCAAGCUGAUGUUCUUCUACACCCGCUACCCUUCCUCCAACAUGCUCAAAAUGUUCUUCUCUGACGUCAAGUUCAAUCGCUGCAUCACCUCCCAGCUGAUCAAGUGGUUCAGCAACUUCAGGGAGUUCUACUACAUCCAGAUGGAGAAGUUCGCCCGGCAGUCCAUCAACGAGGGCGUGACCGCCGCCGAUGAUCUGGCGGUGGGCCGCGACGCCGAACUCUACAGGGUGCUCAACAUGCACUACAACAAGGCCAACGACUUUGAGGUCCCCGAUCGAUUUCUAGAGGUGGUCCAGGUGACUCUUCGUGAAUUCUUCAACGCCAUCGUGGCCGGCAAGGACGCGGACCCGUCCUGGAAGAAGGCCAUCUACAAGGUGAUCUGCAAACUGGACAGCGAGGUUCCAGAGAUCUUCAAAUCCCCCAACUGUCUACAAGAACUCCUCCAUGACUGA